AUGGUAUUGACGGACGCACUACAAUUCAACGCUGUGGGACACGGCCGGCCAGGAACACUACGACCGCUGCCGAGUCCUCUGCUACCCCGAGGCACGAAAAUCGACCUGCGGAAGAACGCCCAGUCGACCUCGUCCGUGUCGAGGCGCGAGGGGCGUCGCCUCGCCGCUCGACUCGGCAUGAGCAACUACGUCGAGUGCUCGGCCAAGACCGGCCAGGGCUGCCAGCAGGCGUUCAGAAGUGCCAUCCAGGCGACGACAGCCAAACCGACCUGCAUCCUACUCUGAUGUGACGUGGACAUGCGUUAACAUUUGGAUUAUGUUUAAUCACUCUCUACGAAAGAGUUUGUGUUAAUAUAUUUAUAUGUUAAUUUCUUAAAGUAAUGAAAUAAAGUAUCACUUGAAUUAUAA